AUGAAGGUCGCAAUUGUAGGAGCUACUGGAGCUACCGGAGGAUCCAUUGUGAAUGGCCUCUUGGAAUCUGAGACUCAGUUUGAUAUUACGGCACUGGUUCGACCAAGCUCGAUUGAGAAGCCAGCUACUGUUGCUUUGAAAGAGAAGGGUAUCAAAAUUGUCGCUGUCGACCUUCAGGGCAGUCAACAUGAGCUCGUCUCUGCUUUGAAGGGCAUCGAUGUUGUGAUCUCGGCUAUCUACUUUGAGUCACUGUUUGAUGAGAUCCCUCUCUCGACUGCAGCCAAGGAAGCUGGCGUCAAGCGAUAUGUACCCUGUUUCUUUGGCACUAACGCGCCUCGAGGAAUCAUGAGACUUCAUGAUGUCAAAGAAGAGAUUCUUGACCACAUUCAGCGAAUUUAUCUCCCAUACACCGUCAUCAACGUCGGAUGGUGGUACCAGAUCGCCCUUCCCCGCGUCCCAUCUGGAAAGUUUGACGACUACCUCACAUUUGCAAACAACAACAUAAUUGGCGGAGGUAACAAUCCCUCUGCACUCACCAACCUAAACGACAUUGGAAAAUACGUGGCAGUUAUAAUCAACGACCCUCGCACGAUCAACAAGAGAGUCUUUGCAAACACAGAGACCAAGUCGCAGCAGGAAGUUUUCGAACUGGUCGAGAAGAUUACUGGCGAGAAGCCAGAGCGUACUGAGAUGACCAAGGAAAUGCUUGAAUCACAGUUGGCACAGUUCAAGACCGAUGAGCUAUCGCAGAACAGAGGCAUCCUGGAAUAUUGGAUGUCAUGGGGUGUUCGUGGUGAUAACACACCCGAGAAGGCCGAGUAUCUUGGAUAUGUUCUCGCUAAAGAUUUGUAUCCUAAUCUUAAGGGUCAGAGCUUGGAGGACUUUAUCAAGGACGUGCUUAAUGGUAAAGUGAAGAAGGCCUAUUGA